GCACCGUUUCCUCUUUCGCGUACAGAUGCAGCUCUUCUUCAGGACGCAGCUUCGGAGAAAUCCUCCUUUAACCUGAGAAAGAAAACUAAAUAUGCACUUUACAAAAUAACGUGUUUGUGUGUGUGUUACCUGCACUGGCUUGUGUUCACUUUUAGAGACUGACAUUACAUUUCUGGGUGCUGGGUCGUGAAGUUUGUGCAAGACCGCUUCAAUGGAUCCCUUCAAGAGUGUGUUGAGUGAAUGACAGACAAGGAAGAAGGUGAAAUGGUGUGUGUCUACGUGACAGCGAUGUGUCUGCAGUAGCGUAUGUGUGUGUGUGAGAUGUCUGGAGACACCAGCACGCUGUCCUGGAGGAGCAUGUCUCCCACCAGCCAAUCAGAAUCCUUGGAUAUGUCUCCAUCGACCAUUUUCACCAAGGACAAUAUCUUCAGGGUGAAGAUCAUCAAAGUGUGUUUCCUUAGCAACAGCUCCAACCUGGACAAAAGCUUCAAACUGGUCCGAUGUGAGGAGGGAUGGACCGUCAAGGAUGUAGUGAAUGUGGUGCUGUCCAGCGGCUGCGUGGGUCCGGAUAUAUCCUUCUGCUCCUGUUUCUGCCUCCUCCUCAAACACCUGAAGUCCUCAGAGAAACACUGGCUGCACACGGACCUCACCAUGUCUGAACUCACGCUGCGCUACGAGCAGCAGCACCUCGAGGCUGAGUGGAGAUAUGAUCUGAGGAUCAGAUACAUCCCGUCUGACUUCAUCGAGAAAUUCAAAGAUGACAGAACCACGAUGCUCUACUUUUACCAGCAGGUGAGAAAUGACUACAUGCAGCAGUACGCCUCAAAAGUCAGCGAUGGGAUGGCUCUACAGCUCGGCUGUCUGGAAAUAAGGAGAUUCUUCAAAGACAUUAAUCCGAACGGACUGGAGAAAAAGUCCAACUUUGAACAAUUAGAAAAGGAGGUUGGUCUGGACCUGUUCUUCCCCAGAGAGCUGAUCAACAGCAUGAAGCCUAAGCAGCUGCGUCGCCUGGUCCAGCAGACGUUUCAGGGUUACUCCACCCUGAAGCAGGACCAGUGCAUGACUCGCUUCUUCACCACUCUGGCUCAGUGCUACAGCUACACACAGGAGAGCUUCGCCUGCCAGCUGGUGCAUGGCUGGAGUCUAACGAUAGACCUGGUCAUCAGCCCUGAAGGCAUCAGCCAGCAGACUGAGAACUCCACGCCCGUGUGUUUGGCGAUGUUUUCUCAGGUGUGCAGUAUCUCCUGCUCUGCAGAGAGCGACGGCCGCGCUCUGCUCACCGUGCACAUAGAGGGAGCCAAACAACCGCUGUCGGUGAACGUCUCCUCCCUGGCUGUGGCAGAAAACAUGGCCGACCUGAUCGACGGCUACUGCCGGCUGGAGAGGAACUCUGCAAAGUCGCUCAUUAUUAAACCCAGCAGAGGUAGAGAGGCAAGACAGAAAUUACCUGACAUCCCAAAACGUGGUGGUCCCAGUGCAUCUAAAGGUUCGGACAUUUAUGCUGAGAUUCCAGAGGGGAAAGAAAACUCUAGUGAGAAGCACAGCAUCUCCAGAGACGACAUUGUUGUGGGGCGGAUCCUGGGAGAGGGAUUCUUCGGAGAGGUUCACGAUGGAGUUUAUAAAAGCCCCAGCGGAGAGAGGAUCCAUGUUGCUGUGAAAACCUGUAAAGAAUGUUCUGCUGAAGUGAAGGAGAAGUUUCUCAGUGAAGCUGACUUGAUGAAAAAUCUAGAUCAUCCCCACAUUGUGAGUCUAAUCGGAGUCAUUGAGGUGGAUCCCGUGUGGAUCGUCAUGGAGCUCCUCGAACACGGAGAGCUGGGCAGCUACCUGGUGGAGGAGCAGUACACCUUGGCCACAGCAACCUUAACACUGUACUGUCUGCAAAUCUGCAAAGCCUUGGCCUACCUGGAAGGACUCAACAUGGUGCACAGAGAUAUAGCGGUGAGAAACGUGUUGGUGGCGUCUCCUGACUGCGUCAAACUCGGCGACUUUGGACUGUCUCGCUACGUUGACGAACAAGAGUAUUAUAAAGCCUCAGUGAGUCGAUUACCGAUCAAAUGGAUGGCACCUGAGUCCAUCAACUUCAGACGCUUCACCACCGCGAGUGAUGUCUGGAUGUUUGGUGUGUGUGUGUGGGAGAUGUUCUCAUUGGCCCAGCAGCCGUUCUUCUGGCUGGAGAACGGUCAGGUGAUCAACCAGCUGGAGUUGGGGUUUCGACUCCCCAAACCUCAGCAGUGCCCCCCGCACAUCUACUCCCUGCUGAGCCGCUGCUGGAGCUACGAGCCGAACAACCGGCCCACAUUCAGCCAGCUCGUCUGCCUCCUCAAUGAUUUCCACAGGAUGGAGUUGGAGCAGGAUGGGAGGAGAGACAGAUCGCGCUCUGUCUCUGCAUUUGAUGCUAACAAUCCCAAAGAGCCUCCACCCAAGCCAUCCAGAAUAAAAGGCGACUCCCUUCCUCGAGUCACGUGCCAACAGAGAACAGAGAGGGACACCAGGCCGGUGUGGGAGAAAGAGAGAGAGCACGUGGAGAACACUUUACAGCGACAGAGAAGGGAGAUGCUGGCGGAUGAACAGUGGCUGGAGCAGGAAGAGAGACAGCUGGACCCUGUGGUGCGGGUGGAUUCACACAUCAAGCCUCCUGAAAAAAGACAAGAAAAUGUUCCUCCAGAGAAGCCACCAAUGCCUCCCACAGUCAUGCAGGCGCGGCCGACAGCUGAGCUGGACCGGUCAGGUGACCAGGUGUACACGGGCGUCAUGGCGAUGGUGAAGCAGGUGGUGCAGCUGAAGAAUGACGUCAACACGCUGUCGGCCUCCGAGUACCCCAACGCUGUCAAAGCGGUGGGCAUCACUCUGCGCGGUCUGAUCCAGAGCGUGGAUGAGAUCCUGCCCUCGCUGCACUGCUCCGUCACCACAGAGAUCGAGGGCACGAAGAAGCUGCUGAACAAGGACCUGGGGGAUCUGAUCAGUAAGAUGCGUCUGGCUCAGCAGAACAGCGUCACCUCUCUGAAGGAGGAGUGUCAGCGCCAGAUGUUGACCGCUGCUCACACUCUGGCUCUGGACUCCAAAAACCUUCUGGACGCCGUGGACCAGGCGAGAGUCAGAGCCAACCUGGCCAGGCCAAGACCCGCCUCUCUAGAAGCUGAGGAUUCUGGGGAAUGAAGUUCCCUGUUGAGUGAACAGACUGGAUUUAAAACGAGGACAGGAUGAAUCUGGACUGCUCUGCUCCUGUGAGAGUGUGCAGCACUUCGGAAAGACGUCAUAAUAUAUAUUUGUAUUUUCUCCAAAUAUAAUUUAAUAAAACAGUGUUUCUUCAACAUGAACGAAUCAAGCUAC